GGUGUUAUGGUUGGUAUGGGACAGAAAGACGCAUACGUCGGAGAUGAGGCCCAGAGCAAGAGAGGUAUCCUCACCCUGAAGUACCCCAUUGAGCACGGUAUCGUCACAAACUGGGACGAUAUGGAGAAGAUCUGGCAUCACACCUUCUACAACGAGCUCCGUGUUGCCCCUGAGGAGCACCCAGUACUUCUGUCUGAAGCUCCCCUCAACCCCAAGGCCAACAGGGAAAAGAUGACACAGAUCAUGUUCGAAACCUUCAACAGCCCCGCAAUGUACGUCGCCAUUCAGGCUGUCCUGUCUCUUUACGCCUCCGGUCGCACCACUGGUAUCGUCCUCGACAUCGGUGAUGGUGUCUGCCACAACGUUCCAAUCUAUGAAGGAUACGCUCUUCCACACGCCAUUCUCCGUCUCGACUUGGCUGGCCGUGAUCUCACUGAUUACCUCAUGAAGAUCUUGACCGAGCGUGGUUACUCAUUCACCACCACUGCUGAGAGAGAGAUUGUGCGUGACAUCAAGGAGAAGUUGUGCUACGUCGCCCUUGACUUCGAGCAGGAGAUGGCCACCGCUGCUUCAUCCAGCUCCCUGGAGAAGAGCUACGAGUUGCCAGACGGACAAGUCAUCACUAUUGGUAAUGAGAGGUUUAGGUGCCCAGAAGCCCUUUUCCAACCGGCCUUCUUGGGUAUGGAGUCUGCUGGUAUCCACGAGACCACAUUCAACAGCAUAAUGAAGUGCGACGUUGACAUCAGGAAGGACUUGUACGCCAACACCGUCAUGUCUGGUGGCACCACCAUGUACCCAGGUAUUGCCGACCGUAUGCAGAAGGAAAUCACAGCCCUUGCCCCAAGCACAAUGAAGAUCAAGAUCAUUGCUCCACCAGAGAGGAAAUACUCUGUAUGGAUCGGUGGCUCCAUCCUUGCAUCUCUGUCGACCUUCCAACAGAUGUGGAUCAGCAAGCAGGAAUAUGAUGAAUCUGGUCCAUCAAUUGUCCACAGGAAGUGCUUCUAAACGCCAAAGUAACCGAAUGUACGUUCCCUUGCUUCGGUGAUAGCAGAUAAGGAGGAGAACCAUGUUAUCGAGGACAAGGGGAUGACGCCCGACUUGGUGAUCUGGGUUCAAUGACUCUAAUGCGAAAAGCUUUUGGAAGGUGUGCUUGAAUCAUACCUAAAGAGAGGGACUGGUCGCAGGCUGACACUGGUCCAGACUGUGAUAUUAUCUCCGUCGUCACAUAGGGACAUCUUCGCCCCGUUAAAGUGUUGCACGUUCACUUUUUAAGUCUAUCUAAUGUCAUGCAAGGAAACUUAGAACUCUGACCUGACAACUAGCAGAGCAGCAAGUUGAAAAGGAUAACUGUGCACUUAGCACGAAUCGUUAUUAUUUGUAGAAAGUGCCAUUUUCCCGAACUGCUGAUCAAGAUAUCCCUAUAAUCAUCGUUUUGCAGUAAAUAUAACAUUCUUAUAUAAAAUGUCAUUAUUUAACGCAUAGUCAUAUUAAACACAUCAAAUUUUCUAAGUUGCUGUUU